AUGGUGAAAAAUUUACUAAUACUUUUCGUUUGUGUUGCUGUCGCGUCAUGUCAAGUACAAAACCAUCGAUAUACCAAUGACCAAUCGAACGACCGAAUAUAUUUCUACGAUGGAGAGUAUAAUGCGCCAAAUUAUAGCUCAAAACAAAGAAACGCGGAAGCCAAUAUUUACAGAUCCGCCUAUCAAGAUAUUAACCCGCUGAGCGCACAAAAUGAUAAUAAUAUUCUCGCAGGCGAGUUACGUUCCCGUUUUUCGGAGCCGAAUAUUUUGCCCAAUGUUGAACCGCAGAAGGAAUUACUUAAGAACGUCAGUCAUGGUGUUUCGGAUUUGGGAAUUCAGCUAUUGAAGAGUGCAGUCCAACUACAGGCUGGCAACAUCAUGAUGUCUCCAACUUCUAUAGCCACCCUUCUAGCUCUUCUACAGCAAGGAACAAACGGCGGUGCUCAAGAACAAAUUACCAACGCGCUACACAUGGCUCCAGAAAUAACUGCGCCCAUAUAUAGACGACUUACUAUUGAUAUGAGGAAACGCAACUCUCGAAAUAUACUUACUGUAGCGAACAACGUAGUAGUUGCCGAUUCAUUCGACCUAGAUCCAGCAUUCAAGACCACUGCUAUUCGAAAUUUUGGUAGCGAAGUAACGCCGAUGAAUUUUGCUAGAUCCGCGGAAGCUUCAAAGAAAAUUAAUAAAUGGGUAGCAGACAACACUAACAAUAGAAUUACUGAUAUGCUUCCACCCGAUGUUUUCAACCCUAACACUCAGUUAGUAUUGGUCAAUGUUGUGUACUUUAAAGGACUAUGGGAAACCAAAUUUAAACCAGAGUCUACGAUUCCCCGAAAAUUCUAUUUGAAAAACGGUCAAACGGUUACAGUGCCAUUCAUGAGAAUGCAACAAUCCUUUAAAUUUGGACGAGACUCUAAAACCAAUUCCGUAGUUACCAUCUUACCUUUUGAAAGAUAUCAAUAUUCCUUAGUUCUCAUAAUGCCCAAUGAAGACUCCAAUACUGAACAGCUUCUCAGCAGGAUCACUGAUGACGAUGUCGUUAACUACCACGAUUUGAAUUCUGCUGAAAUACACAUUGAGAUUCCGAAAUUUACGAUGAAGUCAGACACUAAUCUCCAACCAGUUUUAAAGAAGAUGGGAGUAAAAAAUAUAUUCAAUACGCAAACUGAGUUAGCUGGCAUCGGAGUGUACCGGACCUAUCCGCCUCAAAUAUCUGACGCGCUUCAUUCGGGAUACUUAUCCAUAGAUGAGCAGGGAGUAACAGCAGCUGGCGCGUCAGCCUUUGCAGCUGUUGCAUUGUCUCUGGACGACAUUCAGCCAACGUUUAGAGCUAACAGGCCGUUUGUAGCUAUACUAUGGGAUACACAGUUUGCUAUACCGUUGUUUAUGGCGAGGAUAGAUGAUCCAUCGGUUUUAAUAUAA